AUGGCUGAUGUCGGCGCGCGUGCUGACCUCGCUGACCCACGGCACCUUCUUCGGCGUUGGCGCCGUGGUGGCCACGGGCCUGGUGCCGGUGGACAAGAAGGCGUCGGCGAUUGCGCUGAUGUUCUCGGGCCUGACCCUGGCCACCCUGCUGGGCGUGCCUGCCGGCGCCUGGAUCGGCCAGAUGUUCGGCUGGCGCAGCGCCUUCCUGGCCGUGGCCGCGAUCGGCGUGCUGGCCUUUGCCAUCCUGGCCGCCUUCGUGCCGCGCGACCAGGGCCGCCCCGAGGUCACGCCGCUGGCACAGGAGCUGGCCGUGCUGGCCAACGGCCAGGUCUGGCUGGGCCUGGGCAUCACGGCCUUCGGCUUUGCGGGCGUGUUUGCGCUCUACACCUAUGUGGAGCCGCUGCUGACCCAGGUGACCCGCAUGGGCGACAGCCUGGUGGCACUGACCCUGCUGCUGUUCGGCGCGGGCCUGGCCGCAGGCAAUCUGCUGGGCGGCAAGCUGGCCGACCGGGGCGUGAUGCGCGCCCUGGUGUGGAGCAUUGCGGCGCUGAUGGUGGUGCUGGCGGCAGGCCGCUGGGCCUUCGGGAACCAGGCCGUGGCCAUGGCCUAUGUGAUCGUGCUGGGCGUCGUGGCCUUCGCCACGGUGGCCCCCAUGCAGAUGCGCGUGCUGGACCAGGCCGGCCCCCAGGGCGCCAACCUGGUCUCCAGCCUGAACAUUGCGGCCUUCAACCUGGGCAACGCCCUGGGUGCCUGGGUUGGCGGCCUGGCCCUGGCCGGUGGCCUGGGCCUGGUCAACCUGGGCUGGGCCGCCGCCGCGCUGACGGCCGUGGGCCUGGUGCUGGUCUUCUGGAGCAGCCGCCUGCCAGCAGGCUCCGCACGCAGCGCAGGCGUGGCCUGCGCCUGAGGCUCAACGGCCACCAGAUCCUCGGGCGUGCCGGCCGCGAUGAUGCGGCCGCCGUCCUUUCCGCCUUCGGGGCCGAGGUCGAUGAUCCAGUCGGCCUCGGCGAUCACGUCCAGGUCAUGCUCGAUGACGACCACGCUGUGGCCCGCAUCGACCAGGCGGUGCAGCACGCGGAUGAGCUUGUCCACAUCGGCCAUGUGCAGGCCCACCGUGGGUUCGUCCAGCACAUAGAGCGUGUGCGGCGCCUUGUUGCCGCGCCGGGUCACGUCGUCGCGCACCUUGGUCAGCUCGGUGACGAGCUUGAUGCGCUGGGCUUCGCCGCCCGACAGCGUGGGCGAGGGCUGGCCCAGCGUGAGAUAGCCCAGGCCCACGUCCUUGAGCAGUUGCAGCGGGUGGGCGAUGCUGGGCAUGCUGGCGAAGAACUCGACGGCCUCGUCCACCUCCAUCUGCAGCACAUCGCCAAUGCUCUUGCCGCGCCAGGAGACGGCCAGGGUCUCGGGGUUGAAGCGCGCGCCGUGGCAGACCUCGCAGGGCACCUUCACGUCGGGCAGGAAGCUCAUCUCGAUGGUGCGCAUGCCCUGGCCCUCGCAGGCCGGGCAGCGGCCUUCGCCGGUGUUGAACGAGAAGCGGCCGGCCGCGUAGCCGCGCGCCUUGGCCUCCAGCGUUUCGGCAUAGAGCUUGCGGAUGGUGUCCCAGAAGCCGAUGUAGGUGGCCGGGCAGCUGCGCGGGGUCUUGCCGAUGGGGGUCUGGUCCACUUCCAGCACGCGGUCAAUGCCUUCGAAGCCCU